GGCGGCGGCGGCUGGAGAGCCAUUUCCUUUCUGCUCGCACGGCCGGCGAGGCUCCACCUCUUCCUCGAGAAAGUGGAUUUUGAAUUUCCCAACGCAGGGGGCUGCCUCCGCCGGAGAAGCAGCGCUUUCCCAAGCCCGAUCGCCGGUGGUCUCCCAGGAUCCCUCUGCCAAUCACCCCUUUGCUGUGAGAAAUGGAUAACAGCUGCAAAGCCAAGAGAACCAUUAACAGAACAACCAUAGAGGUGAAGAAGGAAAUUAUUUCCAAACAUGAAAGUGGUGCCCGUGUACGUGACCUGGCAAGGCAGUUUGGUAUAGCCAAAUCGACAAUUUGUACCAUCUUAAAAAAUAAAAAAGCCAUUAAAGGAGCCAACGUUGCAAGAGGCGUUAAAACACUGACAAAACAAAGAACGCAGACCAUUGAGGAAGUGGAAAAAUUGCUUUUCAUAUGGAUAACUGAAAAACAGCUGGCCGGUGACAGCAUUUCUGAGAGCAUGAUUUGUGAAAAAGCUUUACGUUUGCAUGCGGACCUUGUCAGAAACAUCCCUGGAGCGAGUGAGGGUGAGAUUUUCAAGGCAAGCAGAGGGUGGUUUGAUAAUUUUAAGAGGAGAAGUGGGAUACACAUUGCGGCGAGACAUGGUGAAGUUGCCAUUGCCAACAGAGAAGACGCCGACCAAUUUGUUUUGGAAUUUCAAGGUUACGUAGCGGCUGAGGGUUUCCUUCCCCAACAAGUGUUCAACUGUGACGAGACAGGCCUCUUUUGGAAGAAAAUGCCCAAGAGGACCUACAUAACAGAGGAGGAGAAAUCAUUGCCAGGACACAAGCCCAUGAAAGACAGGCUGACCCUUUUAUUAUGUGCGAACGCAAGUGGAGAUUUCAAGUUGAAGCCUUUGCUGGUCUACCUUUCGGAGAACCCCAGGGUAUUUAAGAAAAACAAUGUCAUCAAAAGCGAAUUGCCUGUGAUGUGGAGGGCAAACAGCAGAGCUUGGCUGACCAGGCGGUUUUUCGUUGAGUGGGUUCACGAAGUGUUUGGGCCAAGCGUGAAAAAAUACCUCCAGGACCAAAAUCUUCCACUGAAGUGCCUGCUUGUUAUGGAUAACGCUCCAGCCCACCCUCCAGGAUUGGCGGACGAGUUGAUGGAAGAGUUUGGUUUUAUCAGUGUCAAGUUUUUGCCCCCCAACACGACUCCCCUCAUCCAGCCCAUGGACCAGCAGGUCAUGUCUAAUUUUAAGAAGCUUUACACCAAAGCAGUGUUCCAAAUGUGCUCUGAGGUGACCUCGGACCCUGAGCUAACCCUCAGAGAGUUCUGGAAGAACCGUUUCAAUAUCCUACAUUGCUUACAUCUCAUAGACAAAGCUUGGGGCGAUGUGUCUCAGAGAACAUUGAAGUUGGCAUGGAAGGAAUUGUGGCCGGCAGCCGUUCCUGAAGGUGCAUUUGAGGAUGUUGGAGAAGAUGCUGCUGUUGUUGAGGAUAUUGUGUCUCUGGGAAAGUCCCUGGGCUUGGAAGUGAGCAGGGAGGACGUUGAGGAGUUAGUGGAGGACCACAAGACAGAGCUCACCACCGAAGAACUCCAGAACAUUCUGAUGGAGCAGCAACAGGCGGCAACUGAGGAAUUGUCUGAGGAGGAGGAGGAAGAGAAGAGAAGAGAAAACGUUCCUACUGCCCUGAUCGAAGAAAUGUGUGCGAAAUGGGCUGAAUUGCAAAGCUUUGUUGAAAAAUAUCACCCUGAUGCCGCUGCUGUCAGUCAUGCCACCAACACGUUCAAUGAUAGCGCUAUGUCUCACUUUAGACAAAUUUUAAAACAACGGAAAAGAUCCGCUGAGUCUGAACCAGGUGUCAGUGGUGUAAGAAGGGAGUCAGCUAGAGGGAUUCUGGAAGAGGGCUACAGGACACUUGAACAGCAGUCACCUUUUGUGAUUAUUGAAGGGGACUAUCAUCAACUUUGCAGGCCUCAUCAAGCUUGGUACGUGAGGCCGCUAAGCUGCCCAGGGACGACAAUGAAAGAGGCGCUUGCCGCAGGCUCGGAAGAUUUCAAGACGGAGGUGUUUGAAGAGGGUCUUCCUCACCACAGCCCACCUCACCUGGAGCCCCAGGAGAUCAAGGUGGAGCCAGAGGAAAGGCCUCUGCACUCCUGGGAUGCUCAGUGGCAGGGCUGCCCGCCGGGAGAUGAGCCCUCGCAUUCCACGUGGGACGCCGCUCAGCCGUCAGGGGACGAGACCCCUCCGGUUAUCCCGGACGUCCGCCGGGAGCCUGCCGGGAAGGGGAGGGCGAAGCGCGUCCCGGCCUUCCGAGACGGAGACUGGAAGAUCUCCAGGACCCUGAAACCAGGAGACCCAAACGGGAAGGGCGAUGUCCCGAGCGGAGGCAACAUCGACACGGAGGCCAAGCGCCAGCGUUUCCGGGGUUUCCGCUACUGGGAGGCCGAGGGGCCUCGCACAGCCUGCGACCGGCUCCAGGAGCUGUGCUACGGCUGGCUGAAGCCGAAGAGGCACACCAAGGAGCAGAUCUUGGAGCUGGUGGUCUUGGAGCAGUUCCUGGCCGUCCUGCCGCCGGAGAUCCAGAGCUGGGUGAGGGAUGGUCGCCCCGAGACCUGCAACCAGGCGGUGGACCUGGCAGAAGCCUUCCUGCUGAGGCCUCAAGAGGAUCUGGACACGUACGACGAAGUGGUUGUGGGCCUGUCGGAUGGAGACCAGGGUUUGAUGGAGACCGAGGUGAAGGAAGAGGUCGACGACAGCCCUAGCUCGCCAGGACGUGAAAUAUUGUUGGAUGAAAGCGGAAAGGAAGCGCGGCAUGUGUCUGCCGAAGAAUCGGAGUCCGAUAUGGAAGAGGAAGAAUGUGAGAUGGAAGAAGGGAGCUUUGGCGAUCUGGGCGGAGCAGAGGGACACAUGGCAAACGAAAUCCAAGUCUGGAAGAUCACGGGGCCCCAGAGCUUGCAGGAGGGCAUGGGCAGACACGUGUGCCCCGUUUGCGAGAGAGCGUUCACUCGCAAAUCGAGCCUCAACCGACACCUGAUAAUCCACUCGGGAGAGAAGCCCUACAGGUGUCUCGACUGCGGGAAGGGCUUCAACCGCAGGACCAACCUGAUGGCUCACGAGGCCGUCCACACCGAAGAGAAGUCCUACCAGUGCUCCGAGUGCGGGGAGAGCUUCAAGCCAAAAUGGGGCAUCGCCCCGUACCAGGUGGAUCCCACGGGGGAGAAGGUCUACAAGUGCUUGUCGUGCAAGAAGAACCUCCGGCAGACGGGCAGCGUGAUGAGUUGGCGGCUGCUGAACGAGCAAGGGAAGGAGAUCCAGCCGCAGCCCUCGGACGUGCCGGGCCCCGAGAAGGAGGAGAACGUCCCCGAGCACCAGAACGAACCUGAGAUCGAUCUGGGGAAGGACGUGUCUGUGGGGACAAUCGAGUCGGUGAUCGUUCCGGGCGGCGACCUUUGCUUCAUCAAGACCCCGGCGAAGUUGUACAAGGGGAAGCGGAUGAGCCCCUGCCCCGUGUGCGGUAAGGUCUUCGCCACACAGUCGAGCGUCAACCGGCACCAGAGGAUCCACACGGGGGAGAAGCCCUACAAGUGUUCCUACUGCGGGAAGAGCUUCAACCAGAAGACCAGCCUGCUCACCCACGAAGUCAUCCACACCGAGGAGAAGCCGUACCAGUGCUCCGACUGCGGGAAGAGCUUCCGGCACUCGUCGGGCCUUCAAGUGCACCAGAGGAUGCACACGGGAGAGAAGCCGUACACCUGCCUGGUCUGCCGCAAGAGCUUCAGCCAGCGGGCGCACGUGAUCAAGCACAUCGUGAGGAAGCACAAGGGGGAGAAACCCUCGUCCUACGUCUCUCAGCCGUCCGAGAGCUGAGGCGCGCGUCCCCUCCGGGCUCCCGGACUAAGAUACAAGAGCAGACUGCAGUCUUAGCGUAGUUUGUUUAGGUGUAAGAAUCCCCGCCCGCUCAGGAUCCGCUCCUGACUUUUUGGGACUGGACAUGCCUCUUUCUUGGAAAGAGAAAAAUCCCAGGCCAGUGUACUCAAGCAGAGUCACAACAGGCACACUCCUCUGAGGGAAUUUGACUGUGCCGCUAUAUCGGAGGUGAUUUGAGCAAUCGCACUUAGUCUCUGGAUGGGCAGCGUUUGUUGCCGUCUCAUGGAGGCCGAUCGGAAAGAGGGAAAACCUCUGCAGCGAAUCGCUUGCGAGUCCUGCCCCUGCUCACUAGCGUACCCUGAUGCCCAGCAUGGGAACUGCAGCGAUAGUUAACACCAGAGCUUUUCGGUUGCUAGACAUCCACCUCUGUAUAUGGUUAGGUUGCUGCUGUGCCAAUAAAUGUUGGUUGGUGGGCAUCUGGGGAUGCGCAGAGGGAAUAUACCUCUUUGGGCUAUGAAGAACUUGUUGCAAUUCCAUCCUCCACCCCAUCGAUGAUUUCUCUAUAUUCGGAAUGGAUGGGGCACGAGGAAUACGGUGACAGUUUUCUCUGCGUCAACUGGUCAUGGACAACUUGCGACAUGCAACUAGUCCUAUAUAGUUUCUGUGUGUUUUAGUAACUUGACGUCGGAUUAUGUCUCCGCUGCAAAGUUUUGGUAACUUGGGCUUUGAGCCUCGCAGGUGGGGCUCACCUCUGUGGGUGUACGUAGCAGUGGGCGGCUGAUUCAUUAGGGCAGCUGCUUAUUGGGUCUGGCAGGGCAGAAGGCUGGGAGGCGGAGAGACGACGGCAGGCAGAGCCAGUCUAGUUCUAGUUUCCCCUUAUUCUCCCUGCUCUGCAAGGAGAACACUGUAUGCAGGUGGGUGUUGCUGAGGACCGGCUGAGCUUGGUGGAGCAUUGACCCCCCCCCCAUUUGCCCUAGUGGACCAGCCUCUGUUGCCUGCCGACUGCCAUCUUACAGAUCGCUCAGAGGAGUGUCCCACGCUGCCCUCAGUCCAUUUCUGCCCUUGUAGAACUCAGCAGGAGGGUGGGGACAAAAGCAGUUGGCUCCUCCUAGUCCAACUCUAUGAUUCUCUCGUUGGCUCUGGCGCCACCUGCUCCCUUCCUUCCGCCCCACCACAGCCACUGACCAUUACUCCCCUUAAGUAGUUAUAGGAUUGCAGCCCUAGUCCUUUGGGUAGCAAGGGUGCCGUGUAGAAUUUUUAAUUAAAGUUUAACUCGUGUAUGAAAUGUACGCAGGCAGCCCUGGGUUCAGGCCCCCACCUCCAGCGUCACCCCUUAAAGAAGUGUCUCGGGGGGAACAAUAAGCCUUGGAGCAUUUUUUUUUAAAGAAUAAAAUAGUAUUUUGUAUCAAAGUAAUAGUUUAGUUAGUUUAUUAUCUGCAUCCCGCUUUUCUACUACAAUAAUUAAAGCGGUUUACAAUUCAUGUAAAAAAUAAAAUAGGCUGGGAAAUAAUUUUUAACCAUA